ACCCAGUGCCAUUCUGUGCGGUGGCCGGUGACGACGACGUUGUCAAUCGCAUACAUUACAAAUUUCAACGCCUAUGCUAGUUUUUACGACAAAAUAAAUAUCUCGCGCUCUUUUCUAUAAAAAAACUUAUAAUUAUUUACCUAGUGAAAAAUAUUUUGUAACGCAAUAAAUUCCGACCUUAAGCAUGAAUUGUAAAUAAUAAGAGAACAAAAGUUCUAUUAUAGUUGCAAAUUGUGUGAAUACACUUGUGUCGGGAUUCGCAUUCAAAAGGUUUGCAUAAUAGGGUUUGAAAAAUGUCCGUGUUUAAUGUUAUCAACGUAGUCCUGGGCUGUGUGAUGGCCCUGCUCAUCAUACUUUUCACAAUCAGCUCCAUCGCCAGGUACUACAUAAAGUUCACAUUGUUCGUUGUAUUAUCCUUGGUGUUCGCAACAGCCCCUAUUCCGUUAAUGCUGUCGAAGCCGUUCGAUCCGAAGAAUGCUUUGAUACCCGCAGCACUUUUGCGGCUAACAGCUAGAGUUCUUGGCAUACGCUGGACAGUUCGAGGGUUGGAGAACGUGGACAACUCUCGAGGGGCCGUUGUGCUGCUGAACCAUCAAAGUGGCAUAGAUCUGUAUAUACUGGCGGUGUUGUGGCCGCUGAUGGAGCGAUGCACCGUGGUCUCCAAGCGGUCCCUGCAGUAUCUCGUGCCGUUCGGCACCGCAGCGUGGCUGUGGGGCACGGUGUUCAUCGACCGCGGAGCCCAGUCAGCCCGCGACGCCCUCAACAAGCAAACUGAGGCUGUCAGAGAUCACAAGCGCAAAUUGUUGUUGUUCCCCGAAGGCACGCGGCAUAGCGGCGACAAACUUUUGCCGUUCAGAAAAGGCGCAUUCCACGUGGCGAUGGACGCAGGAGCGCCCAUAUUACCAAUCGUUGUCUCCAAAUACCACUUUCUGGAUAGUGAUCGGCGACGAUUCGGAUCAGGUGAAAUAAUAAUAACGAUUUUGCCGAUGAUAGAAACCAAAGGCGUGUCAAAGGAAGACAUCCAGACUCUGGUGGACGAGGCACAGAGCAAAAUGCAAGAGGAAUUCACUAAGACGACGGCGGAGACGUUGGCGCGACGUGCCUGCCGUACUAAGGCUGAUUAAAUUAGGUUAGUGUUGAUAAGAUCACCGUAAUCGGGGGUAGUGGGGCCAGAGCCAGUAGUGUGUGCGUAGUGCGACUUUGUUAUUUACAUGUCACCAUCAAGUCAUAAUCUACGUCUCACUUCAAAUAUGAAGUGAGACGUAGAGAACCAAUCAUAUAGCGCCAUUGUUACGCAACGACAACCACACUGCAAUGUGAUUGAUUUGCUGCGUCUUACUUCGAAUCGACUCUAUAGUGAGAAGUGAAAUGAAACCCGCACUAAGCCCUCUGGACAUUAAUUGUACGAUUUGACUUAGGGGUCGAAAGAUGAUUUAGAAAAAUGUGUAAGAAAAUAGGCUGGGACGAAAGCGGCAUAAUCUCAUUUCCCGAUAAGAGGUAUACGUAUCGCAGUUACCUACGCCAACAAUUUUUAGUCACAGGUUCACGAGUGUGUCGUUACAAUACAUAAAACAAUGCAUACAUUUUAUAGGUAAUACAGCUACAUAAAAAAUAUGAAAAUGAUUUUUAAGAAUAUAUUGAACUAAGAGAGAAAAUCUAAAAUUACUCUUAACUUAAUGUCUUUAAAUAAUUAUUUCUUACAAUAAACCAAGUAAUUCAUGAAAUUAAUUUAAUUGUAGACUGUUAUAAAACUCAAAAUAAUAUUUCUUUUUUACAGAUGUUUAUAAUAACUUAUAUCCCCAAAAAAGCUGUGAUAAAACUGAAGUUUAGUGAUUGGUUAAUGUUUGUUGUUAUAUAGUUGUGUAUAUAUUUUAUACAAUAAAUUUAUUCAACAAAAUAAA